CUGAGCCGCUGCUCUGUUGAACAACUCAACCCCUGCUCAGAGUGGACAGAAGAUAUGACCAUAAACACGGCUUCACAACACUAGAUGCUCCCCACGCUGAGCCGGUCCCACAGCAGCAGUUCAGUCCAGCUGCCAUGACCCGGCCUGCCGUCUGACUGGACGAUGAUGGCUGCAGAGCUGGUUCCCACCAAGAAGCUGGUCCCCUCCGCCUCAGCGAGCAGCACCUCCUCCUCCUCCUCCUCCUCCUCCACCCAGCAGUACCAGCAGCAGAACCCCACCAGCAACAACACCACCGCCGCCGCCGCCGCAGCGCAGGGCUGCUGCAACUGGCAGGGCCUGUUCCCCACCAUCCGAGAGAGGAAUUCAGUCAUGUUCAACAAUGAGACGAUGGCAGAUGUUCACUUUGUGGUCGGGCCGCCUGGAGGGACGCAGCGAGUACCGGGACAUAAGUACGUCCUGGCCGUCGGCAGCUCCGUGUUCCACGCCAUGUUUUAUGGGGAGCUGGCGGAGGACCAGGAAGAGAUCCGGAUCCCCGACGUGGAGCCUCCUUCGUUCCUGGCCAUGCUGAAGUACAUCUACUGUGACGAGAUCGACCUGUGUGCCGACACCGUGCUCGCCACCCUCUACGCCGCCAAAAAGUACAUCGUGCCUCACCUGGCCCGGGCCUGCGUCAACUUCCUGGAGACGAGCCUGAGCGCCAAGAACGCCUGCGUGCUGCUGUCUCAGAGCUGCCUGUUCGAGGAGCCCGACCUGACGCAGCGCUGCUGGGAGGUGAUCGACGCCCAGGCCGAGCUCGCGCUGCGCUCCGAGGGCUUCUGCGACAUCGACACCCAGACGCUGGAGUGCAUCCUGCGGCGGGAGACCCUCAACGCCAAAGAGAUGGUGGUGUUCGAGGCGGCGCUGAACUGGGCCGAGGCCGAGUGUCAACGGCAAGACCUGACGCCGACCAUCGAGAACAAGCGUCUGGUCUUAGGGAAGGCCAUCUACCUGAUCCGCAUCCCCACCAUGAUCCUGGAGGACUUCGCCAACGGGGCGGCGCAGUCCGGCGUGCUCACGCUCAACGAGACCAACGACAUUUUCCUCUGGUACACCGCCGCCAACAAGCCCGAACUGCUGUUCUGCACCAAACCUCGCAAAGGCCUGGCGCCGCAGCGAUGCCACCGCUUCCAGUCCUGCGCCUACCGGAGCAAUCAGUGGCGGUACCGGGGCCGCUGCGACAGCAUCCAGUUCGCCACGGAUAAGCGCGUCUUCAUCGCCGGCUUCGGCCUGUACGGCUCCAGCUGCGGCUCGGCCGAGUACAGCGCCAAGAUCGAGCUGAAGCGGCAGGGCGUGUCGAUGGCCCAGAAGAUCAUCAAGUACUUCUCAGACGGCUCCAGCAGCACUUUCCCCGUGUCCUUCGACUACCCGGUGCAGAUCGAGCCCGACACCUUCUACACCGCCAGCGUGGUGCUGGACGGCAACGAGCUCAGCUACUUCGGCCAGGAGGGCAUGACAGAGGUGCAGUGUGGGAAAGUGACCUUCCAGUUCCAGUGCUCCUCGGACAGCACCAACGGCACCGGGGUGCAAGGAGGCCAGAUCCCCGAGCUUAUCUUCUACGCCUGAACCCGGCACUAAGGGAGGACGUAGACUUUUACUUUGAAAGUGCGGAGACGAGUUCUCGGGAAGCUGUUUUGAGGAGGGCGGGGCUCCUGAAUCUGCUGCUGAGCCUUUGAGACGGGACGACAGUUUGAAUUGGAACAUGAAGGCACUAUUGAAGAAGUCUGAAACCUCACAUUCCUUCACACCUCUGUUGUUGUUGUUGUUGUUGUUGUUAUUGUUUACAGCAGCUGCUGUUGAGUUAGGGUCAUCGCUGUUUCACUUUGUCUUGGUAACGCAGGAGUUGCAAACAAACAUGGCAGAAUUUAUUAGGAAAUCUGAUAAAACACCCAGACAGGACAGCCUGUUUUUGGGGUAAAUGCAGCGAUUUAAAUACCUGAUAAAUCAAAGUACUUCAUCGUAGUUUUUAUAAUGUAAAACUCUAAUAUUGGCACAAAGCAGUUCUGAACGUUUAUUUACAACAUUUACCAUAAUGUCCUAAUACACCUCGAGGUGUUAAAGGGAGAGUUACAAUGUUAUCACCAGUUACUACACAUGUAUAUAUUGUUUUAUGCUACAUUUCAACAUAUUCCCACACAAAUACCCACUAGACACAUAAAUACACACACACACACACACACACACACACACACACACACACACACACACACACACACACACCUCCAAUCUCAACAUUGCUUUUUGCUGAUUGGUUGAUCCAGCUUCAUGUCAGGAGUCAAGUCUGUACACAUCCCUGAAUAGUAUUUGUACUAUUUUUCAUGUGCAAUUUAAUUGUCGAUUAAUCCUUUUUUUUUUUUUUUUUUUUUAUCAUUUAGAUCCCAGAGUCCAAAACUUGAACUAAUUCAAAAUGUUGUUCAUCCCAAUAAUUAAAUCGAGUAAACAUUUAAGCACCAUAUGAAGCUGAAGAGGACGAGCCUCUUCCAUAGCACAUUUUAUUAACACUAAACUGAAUGACAUUAAAAAGCACUUCUAAACAAUUGUGUGUAUAAGUUACUGCAAAUAUCAUACGUAAAAAAGAAAACCCAUCAACUCAAAAACAGGUUUUCGGUUUCUUGCCUUAAAUAUUUUGAGUUCAGUUUUAUGAUGAGAGAAUCCCAGAGAGAGAAAUAUGUUUGAAUGUUUCUCAUUCAGCUUUCCCUCUCAUGAUUUCAAAGAUAUGGAAACAUUCCUGCUGUUACUGUAGAACUGAAGGACUUUAAAAAAAGAAAAAGAAGCACUACUUUUAUGUUUUUAACCUGUGCAGGUGUUUACUGUUGGUUGUUUUUGGUAUUUAAAGGUUCUCUUUAUGACAUUCGGAGCAUUUAUAUAGCAGCAAACUUGCGAGCCCCCCUCAGGUAAACACUGUUGCUGUUGUUUGUAGUGUUAGCGCUGUUAGCAACGUUAGCUCCUCAGCCGUAGCCAUGUUGAGAGCCGUGUGGAGGCAAUAGAAAAGCUCUGUUUUUCGUAUUGAAAACCUUUUAAAGCUGAAUAAAACCUUUUUAUGUUUGUAAUACAACAACUGAUUACACUCUUCACUUCUUUUAUACACACUACUGCAGACGUACUGUAACCUCCCUCUGGUGUUCUGUUCUGUCCUCUUCUUCUCUUAUGAAAUGUCGGAACUUAAAGGUGCAUUUCAUACAUAAUCCACUUGAAAUUCUUUCUGUCCCCCCUGCAGUACAACAGGUUAUCUGAAAGGAUUUUAACUGUUACUGUACAGUUUGUUUUUUUUGUGCUGUAUUUAAAUAACAGUAUUCCUCAGACAUCACGCCUACAGACAGUCAUCAACUCCUGUGCUUUUGUUUUGAAAAACAGGAUGUUUGUACGACAUCCUGAUUUAGUGUUUCAUUAAGAUUGCAGUUGUGUAAAUAUUUCUGUGAUUGUGUCCUGAAGCACUUCUUCAUCUGCUGUCUUUGAAAAUGGAGAAGAAAAAAACAAAACAGUUUUAUAUGAUUCUAUAUUGAAGAAACAUAUUUUUGGAUGUCUUUGUUUCCUGUUAUCUGAUUCCAACCAGAAUGUGCAGUGAGUUGGUGGCCUUAUCAAUGUGUUGUUGUGACAAAUUUGGAAAUAAAAGG